GAGAGCGAGAGAGAGAGCUGGAGGAGGUGGCUCGGGAGGGAGCUGUUCAUCCCCCUUGAUCACCCCCUCGCCAGUCCCUCCUGCACACUUAGAGCUUUGUACCUUUGCGCAUUUUUUAUUUAAUAAAUUGGUGAGCUCAUUAUGUUUUUCUUUCUUCUCUGCUUGAUCAGUCCCAGGAGAAGAAUGGUAACACGAACCGCAUCAGAGUGUGAAAAUAUUGUCCGGGAGGGAGAGAGACCGAGCGGUGGUGAAUGCACUUUGCAAUACGCUAACAGUGCCUAGAAGGGGGGAGGGUUACAAACUCGCCCUGUGAACUGCGUGGAUUGGUGGUGACUCGAGGCUUGUAACAAAAGUUUCUUCUAACCGACUCCCAGUUUCGGGGUGACGGGGAGAGACAGAGGGGAAAGGAAACUGGCCCCGAGUGCAAGGAAUAGCUCCUCUUCUUCUAUAUAUGCUGCCAUUUGCCAUGAAGAGAAAACAGAAGAGAUUUUUGCAAAUGACGUUGUUGUUCAUGGUGGCUUUAAUUUUCCUGCCUAAUAUUGGCCUGUGGUCUUUGUACAAGGAUAAGCACCUGGUGAAAUCCCCAGAGCCAGGAGAGCAGCAGGUGAGUGAGACAUUUCCACUGGGCCUGGGAGAUGGACAACUCUAUACCUGGACAGAUGGCUUGAAAAGAAAGGACUGGCAUAACUAUGAAAGUAUUCAGAAAGAUGCUAUGCGUACAGGGAAAGGUGAGCAUGGAAAGCCGUAUCCUCUAACAGAGGAAGACCGUGACGAUUCUGCUUAUAGGGAGAAUGGCUUCAACAUACUUGUUAGUAACAACAUAGCCCUGGAACGAUCGCUACCAGACAUUCGACAUCCCAACUGUAAGCACAAGGUAUACUUGGAAAAGCUGCCAAAUACUAGCAUAAUUAUCCCAUUUCAUAACGAAGGAUGGACUUCACUCUUGCGAACCAUAUACAGCAUUAUCAACCGGACUCCCGACAUCCUUAUAGCUGAAAUCAUUCUUGUGGAUGACUUCAGUGACAGAGAACACUUGAAAGAGAAGUUGGAGGAGUACAUGGCCCGUUUUGCCAAAGUGAGGAUUGUGCGCACCAAGAAACGAGAAGGGCUGAUUCGGACCAGAUUGCUGGGAGCCUCAAUGGCUAAAGGAGAAGUCUUGACGUUCCUGGACUCCCAUUGUGAAGUCAACGUGAAUUGGCUACCUCCAUUGCUUAACCAGAUUGCACUAAACCACAAAACCAUUGUGUGUCCCAUGAUUGAUGUCAUUGACCACAAUCACUUUGGCUAUGAGGCACAGGCGGGGGAUGCCAUGCGAGGAGCCUUCGACUGGGAAAUGUACUACAAAAGAAUACCGAUUCCUCCAGAGCUCCAGAGGUCUGAUCCCAGUGACCCCUUUGAGUCUCCUGUUAUGGCUGGAGGUCUGUUUGCCGUGGACCGAAAGUGGUUUUGGGAGCUGGGUGGCUAUGAUCCAGGCUUAGAAAUAUGGGGAGGAGAGCAGUAUGAAAUCUCCUUUAAGGUUUGGAUGUGUGGAGGUGGCAUGUUUGAUGUUCCAUGUUCUAGGGUUGGACACAUUUACAGGAAGUACGUCCCUUAUAAAGUUCCAUCUGGAACCAGCCUGGCACGAAACCUGAAGCGUGUGGCAGAGACAUGGAUGGAUGAGUUUGCAGAGUACGUUUACCAGCGGCGGCCCGAGUACAGGCAUCUCUCAACAGGCGAUAUCUCAGCCCAGAAGGAGCUACGCAAGCACCUUAAGUGCAAGGACUUCAAGUGGUUCAUGGCUGCAGUGGCAUGGGAUGUCCCUAAAUAUUACCCUCCUGUGGAGCCCCCACCUGCUGCCUGGGGGGAGAUUCGAAAUGUGGCAGCCAAUCUCUGUGUGGACAGUAAACAUGGGGCCACAGGGGCAGAGCUGAGGCUAGAUGUUUGUGUGAAGGAUGGCUCAGAACGGACGUGGUCACAUGAACAGCUCUUUACCUUUGGUUGGAGAGAAGACAUCCGCCCUGGGGAACCUCUUCACACCAGGAAAUUCUGCUUCGAUUCCGUUUCGCACAGUAGCCCUGUCACACUGUAUGACUGUCAUGGCAUGAAGGGUAACCAGCACUGGAGCUAUAGGAAGGACAAAACUUUGUUCCAUCCAGUAAGCAACAGCUGCAUAGAUUGCAACCCAGCUGAGAAGAAGAUUUUCAUGAACAGAUGUGAUCCUUUAUCUGAAACUCAGCAGUGGAUUUUUGAACAUAUCAAUAUGACUGUUUUAGAAAAAUUUAACAGCAAGGCCAGUUCCUAGGGAAAAAUACAGAUUGCAAACUGCAUUUUGGCCAGCAUCUGGGUCGAAGGAGUCAGGAAUUUAAAUUUCCUAGAUCCAGGAAGUCUUUUCUGAGGAUUAAGCAAAUGCCACGGCAAAGGCCAAUGGGCUGUCAUUGUGGAUGUACAGUAUCUGAAGAACUUGGCUGAGAGCCUCACCAGAUGCUGCUGAGAACUUCAAUCUGACAAUUCCCUUGCUGGCCGAGGGAAAACUUUAUUUAAAAAAACUUUUCAAAACAUUCUGAGUUAAUAAACUGAAACAAAAUUCUAGAGUUUCUCAGGUCAAAUCCUGCUGUAGUGAGUAGUUAUGAAUGGAUGCUAUUAGUUGGGGUGGGUACAUGGUGUGCAUGACUGCUAUGGGAACCUGCAGAAAUCACAGGUUAAGAACUAACCCACACUGGUGGAAUGUUAACAAUUUCCCAGCACUCCAGACAAACUAUAUGAUCUGGUGCCAUUCUCUUAAUAAAGGUUAGGUUAAGCGGGAUUAACCCUCAGAUGAUGAUUUUAAACACUUCCCCAUUACAUUCCUUUCAUUACCAAAAUAGGAAUGGUAGAAAUAUAAGGGUUUAGAAUUGUGUUGUAACGAAGCAUGAAAUAGACUUCCAAGGUUUCAAAAGUCCCAUUUCUCCUCAGCAUUUGAAAAAAAAAGUCCAUCAAAGUAAUUAAAUCAGACUUCCAUAGAUGAUAUAAUCUACCUAACACUCAUCAACUGUGAUUCAAAUCUAGCCUUCAUCUAAAUUAAAGGCCAAAAGAUUAACAAGGCUACCAAAUCUUGAAGUCAUUCAAUAGCAGGUAUAUGCACCAAUAAUAGCAGCACAAUGCAAGGUUUGCAGAAAGGAUUUCCCCUGGAAAUCUAGAUUUACUUUUCCAGCAUUUUUAUUAAAACUAAAAUUGCUUUAAAUCAAAGAACAAUAUUCAGAGACAUAAGAGGCAUCAGGUGUGACAGGCUAAUUGUUUAUUGUAAGUCAUAGAGACUUAUAGCCAAAUAAGCAUUGGUACACUGGCAUCAGUUACAAAGUGUCGGCUCCCUGCACUGCAGCUUACAGGAUCCUGCAGGAAUUACAGGAGUUUUAGGGAGAGGGGGUGUUUUUGUUUUUUGCAAGGAGGUGGGGAGUCCUGUAAAACUAGCUAACUCUUUUGCAAGAACGUGAUGAAAUCAUUGUAAAAACCGUGAUUGUGCCACAGUUUUCAGCUAAGGCAUUGUAAAUUUCUGGAUGGGAGAGUUAGGAAAUGAAAACAAGUAUAAAAAUCAAAAAAAGUUCAGUAUUUUCACCUUUUAGUAGCAUAAACAAAACUAUCCAACCCACCACAAAAUUUUCUUGCACUGAUUAUCGUUUUGGGAUAUAGCGUCCAUCAGCUCUUAUAUAUUUUUGGCAUGGUCGGGGGAGAGUUAGUGGGUUAAAAAUGUGUUUAGAGAGGCCUGUUCUUCUUCUUCAGUGGAAAUCAAUGAGUACCAAUGUGGGCCAUAGUAGAGAGUUUCUGGAAGUUCUAAAAUUAAGAGCACAUUUAAAUGGCCUGGUUUUACUUGAAACCUGAACCAACAGAUGAAAGCACCGUGAAUGCAGACAUUAAAGCUUACAAAAGAUGGCUGUAAUAGCACUUGUCACUUUCAAAAAUAUGUAUGUAAUUAAUCUGAAAACUUUGUCUUCUGUUGCUAGAAAUGUGGCCAGCUAACCAAAAUGUUCAUAUUUCAACUGUCCAGCCUGACAGUAGAAGGUGAUUUUGUUUUGUUUAUUACUCUUUCAGCUGUAUCUGUGAAGAGCAAUAGUUGUACCUGGAUGAUGACUGUUAUCCACACUUGUGUGCUGUUUGUGGCUAUGGGUUCCAAACCUUAGGUCACAGGGACAUUUUAGGAGGAGCAUGUCAGAUCUGGAGCCUUCAGGAUGCAUGUCCUGAAAAAUCAAUUGUAUGAAAUACAACAGUAUUGGAGAAUUGCAGCAAGGGAGUAAAGAUCUAUUUCAAAUGUUCAAGGAGCAAUCUGUCUGUAGAGUUAAACUAUUACCAUUACGUCUGUAAAUAUGUUACUGUUCAGAUUUAAUUUGAAGACUCACUACGCUGCAGCAUGGAAGACAAGACUCCAGAUUUUAACCUUAGCGUCUCUUACACCUGAGCCCAGGAGAGGUUGAUGAUAAUCUGAGUUUUCAUCAGAAAGGGUUUGACUUUUUUUUUUUUUUUUAAAUAUAGCUACCAGUAGUUAGACCCCAACGGGUCAUUACACACUGUCCACCCUCUCAGCUGCAGGACUCAUAGCACAAUUCAUUUGCAUCUUGAGCAUGAGGAAAGAAGAUUUGAAAAUAGAAGAAAAAAUUAUGUCUAGAGUGUGAAGGUGAAAAUGAAAUUCCCAGGAUAUCUAUUUGGACUUUCCCAAAACCCUCAAAGCCAUGGUAUCAAUAGUGUCUGAGGUGGAAGGGGCAAAGGAGAACUGCUCUAAAUCCUCCAGCAUACCUGGCUAAACAAUCCAUUGCACGGCUUAUAGCAUUUAGUGUAUGAAUGUAUCCUAAUCAUCUGUUUAAAAUAUUUAAAGGGCACUAGACUGCUGUUUUGGCAAAGACAUUCUAUGCCUCUUCCAGAUGCGCAGUAUUGUUCUGGCUCUAAACUAACCUCUGCCACAGGAAAACUUCCCAUUAUUUGCAAUUAGACAAUAUUUGUGAAAUCUGGCGGUUUUUCUAAAAUCCAUCUUAUUAAUGAACAAACUUCCACAUAAUUGAAAUUAAGAUCUUUUAACAAAACAUAAUGGUGCUCCAGAUAAUGUUUUCAGUUUCUAUAAGAAGAGGGUCAGUGCAAUUUCACAUAGAGAAAUUAUCAGGGAGCCCAUGGUGUGUGGCGUGACUUGAACAAGACACCUUAAAUGGCAAAAAAAAAAAAAAAAAAGUGCUUAAAUCAAUGACCAGAUUUCAGGCACAUGGUCCUAAGGGACAAAACUUCUACCACAUAUCCCCACCACAUACAAGUGAAAGUUGAAAGCCAGAUUCGUUUCCUCUUUCUAUCCCCUUUGCAUAACCAGAGCCAGCGCAAAGGGGCCAGAAGCUGGCUUCAUCCUCCCUACUGAAGAUUCCUUUGGUACUGGGGAAUUCUAACAGAUCUAGAGUUAACAUAGCUGGCUCCUCUCCCACCCCCACACCCUCUGUGGUGGAAGGGGGAGGAACAUGUUGAAGCCAGGGAGGAUUGGGAAGGAGGAGUGGCUGGAGCAUGUUAGACUUUAGGGACCUUUCCACCAGCUGGUCACAGCACAGAAUCAGGCAGCUAUACCCAACUCCCCGCCACCAUUACUGGCUACUGCUAUGCUGAGCAAAACUCUGGUGCAGCAGGGAAAAAGGGUCUAAGAGUGUAGGAGACUUACAACUAGCUAGUUAAAAUUCAUUCAAAAAGUACUUCAGACAAUCUCAUUUGUGAUAACAGGUCUUCAGAAUGGGACAUGGCUGCCAAAACAAUGGUUCCUUCACCCAAAAGCUUAAGUUAGUCAUAAAUUGUCAUCUGCAGCUGGGAGAUUUUGCGGCAUGAAGUUAAACUGAGAGUCAAAUCUUGCCUUGAAUAUUUAGAAAAGCCUCCCAUGGAUCUCAAUAGAGUUCCAUAGUGAUUUUAUGUGUAGAAAUUCUACAAGUCUUCCCACAGCCAUAUCCCCUUCACCACCCUCACCCCGCAAAAAUCGGCACAGCUCAAAGGGCAGAAAGAAAAAUAAAUUUUGUCUCCUUUAUUGCAUGCAAGAGAGCCUACUGAAUUGUUCAGCGUCAGCAUGCAUCUCUCCAAAAUGGCAGACUUGGGUCCUUUGAGAACUCCCACUAAACACGUAAUUAAUUUUUUUCUAAAAAUCACAUCAAAUGUUGUAUUUCUCCAUAUCUUAUAAAACAACUCCCUAAAAGCACCAUUUAGAGUUAGUUCUACAUAUAAUGAAUUUCAAUGGAGCUAUGCCAGUUUACACCAACUGAUGAACUGUCCCUAUAUUUUUUCUGUUUCUAAAAACAUAGGUUUUUUGGGAGGAGAGAUUCUAUUUACAUGGUCAUGAAAAUAAAAUCUUUAGUUUAUAAGAGUUUGUCAGCUCCUGCUGUUCAUUCUUCACUUUAAGGUUAUUAGAUCUAUUUGUGACAUCAAAUGUAAUUGUUGCAAAAAUUAUAAUGUAACAAAGGAUAGGACCUUAACUAGAGAAAGAGGAAUAAGCAACAGGUCCAUCUAAAACUCUUAAGAAAGCAAGGUCUUGUUUUCAUGCAAAUAUCUCAAGUCAUAAAAUAACAAAAGUGGGGUGGGAGGUGAAAUAAAGUCAUGUCAACACAGCUAUUUCUAAAUAGAAUUAUUUUCAAAUGUUUCCAGGAGCAUCAGCAGCUCUUUAAUCUGUCAGAGUGAUUGACAUGUCAGAGAAGUAAUCUUGCUGAAGAAGUCCUAACAUUGUGACAAGAUUUCACUUCUUCUUAGUCGUGAUCUGAUUUCAGAAAGGCCAGGUUGUUUUGAGACAAUGCUUUCAGCAAUCCCAUUCUGAUACAAUGAUUAAGGGUGUUUAAUAGCAUAACGUAAUGCACAUUUCUGUAUCUGAAUAAGGUCAGUUUAUAGACAAAAUGCUCCUUAAAUAUUGAAAUAAAUGUUUAGUGUUCAGAACUGUUCAUCAUGAUAAAGAUAUCUCAGUUUAAAAGAAAAUGGGCAUGCAUUUCUUAACCCAGUAUGUGCUUACAUUCCACUGACCUAAGUGAAAUUCUGGGGCCAUGGAAAACCAGUAGCAAAAAGGUUCAAACUAGCUCAGUGAAAUGAAUUUAGUGGUCUCAGUCCUUUUCACAAAGGACAGGUGUUCCCAUCACAAUUGAUGCCAGUUUGCAUUCUUGUUGGCAGUCUCAGCAGAAGCUGAAGAUUGAAUAAGAUGGAGACGUCAUUCCCCUUUCAUCUUAUCCAGUCGGAUCAGGGCAGUAUUAGGAGGUUUGCACAGCUGCUACCACCCAUGCUAUACCUCUGUCAUCCAGCAUUUUAUAUGAACGUACAACAUCCACAUUAAAUCAGAAAAUUAAAAAGAAAAAAUAUAUUUUAAUAGUCAGUCAAGGUGGCUAUAAAAACCACUUCAAAGCCUUCAAACUGAAAAACUGACCUGAGGCAAUUUUGUGAUGGGUACUAGACAUAUACAGCUCAUGUACUGCUCACAAAGUAGAGGCUGGCUAGGACUGGACUAGGAAGCCUGACUUGCCUAGCUGACCCACAAAUCUGUGCUGUAUCUGUUGGUUCAAAGAGCACAAGAACCCCAGAAUUGUUUUUGUACAUCAUUGUUGAGAGCUCAUCUUCUUUGAAACAAAGAAUGAGCUUCCAUAAAUGAUCUCACAGUAUAGGCCAACGAGGAGUUGCAAUAUGGAAUUGCAAUAAUAUUUAAGGUAGUGGCUGCUGGUGGAGAUGCAGGUUUAACAGGAAAAAUACCUGUCACCUCUGCACACAGCAAUCACAGGUUCAUCAGACUUCUUGUUCCCAAACAAAAGUCCUCACCUGGAAAAACUUUGAAUGAGUAAGUAAUAUGGCUACUUAGUGGUUCUACCCUAUGCAGUAUUUUCUAAUUACAAGUUGUACUCUGGAUCUGAAUCAGAGUUUGGUACCUCUGUAGUUGAUGGCAUUAUUUUUAACCAACUCUGUCCGCCUUGUAACUGUCGUAGAGGAGUAUGUGUACCCUUAUGGUAUUACCUCUGUGAGUGUUCUGUGGGCACAAUACCCAAGAAAAUGAAUUAAGCAGGAAAAAGCAACUUUGUCUUUCAAAAUGUUAAAUUGAAUACUAACUAACUUUUAGCUAGAGAGAAACUGAAAAACAUUUCAGGUGCUUCCCAAAGUUCAGUGUUGUCCAGAGGAAACUGCUGAAGGUGUAUAUUUGGGCACUACUUUCCUACAGUAAGCUUGCCAGGCAUCAAUAAUACCAGUACUAGCACCCAGUAAAGUGGAACUUCCAAAUAUUAUGUGGCAGCACUCUGCACGCUGAUUGGCUGACGGUGUGAUUUUAAUAGAGAAAGUAUCUCCUUCCAUGGAUGGUACUUUAAGGAAGAGCUUUCUGCCAUGAUGGUUAGGUAUGCCAGAGACCUUUGGUGACAUCUGUCUAGCUAUCUUAGAUAUAUAUAUUUAUUAUUUUACAGUGCCCAACAGUGUACUUGGCAUCUCCCUGUGCAGAUAAGAAAACAGUUCUUGCCCCAAAGAGCUUACAGUCUAAUUUCAAACAGUGAUGGAAUGAAGACAAUAGGAUGGGGAUAGUGAAGAAAGCACGAGCUAAGCACUAGGACUGUGGGGUGAUUAGUGAUGGUAUGUGCAGAGCACAGUGAAACAGGUUAUUUUUUUCAAUUAUGUACAUAAAUAAAUGUGUUUAAUGAUUUACUACUUGUAGGCAUCCUGGUAGAAGUGGAUCUUUGGGGGGAUAUGAAUGAGGAGAGGUAAAUGGUCUUGUGGACUGAGCCAAGGAUUUUCCAUGUGUUGCGAGUGACAUGGGAAAAGGGCACAGUGAUGGUUGUCAGAGAAGCAGAGACAAGACCGGGUAUUGAGGCUGGCAUUAUGGGUAAAAUGGAGGAGAUGUAAAGUGAGAUGUGAUGAGUCAAUGUUAGAUAAGUGAUGCCAGUAUCUAAGAGACAUUUGCAAUUGGAGGCAAAACUUGGUUCUCAGUAACCUCAGUCCUAUCCCUGAACCUUUUUUUUUUUUUUUAAAUUUGAGCCCAUAACUCCCUAGCUUGAAAGAAU